GAAAAAACAAGUGGGCCUGAUGGGGAUGAGUGCAGCAAGAAUGGCAAAAAGGCUGCAGAGGCUAUGUCACUCAGUAAGGAGGGUAAGUCACACACUAUCAUCCACAAGACAUAGUAAAGUCUGUUGUUGUUUGGGACAUCUAAAAACAAGAAAGCAUAAACUGAUGGCGCUACCAGUGUGAGCUUGCGGGACCAUGCAAGUACGUCGACCUGUAAAACCUCAGUGACCUGUGCCUCAGCUUCUCUUUGGUCUGCAGCCUUGACCAGAGACAAUGGAGGUACUGCUUUGCAGAGACCAGGGCGAGUAUUAAAGCUGGUUAGUGUUGUGUGAUUAGGCAUCUUCUGGAACCCAGCCUGGCUGUCUGUAGCAGCAGCUGUAUGACAGACACUCCCUGUUUGUGUGUGCGUGUCAGAGCAUGACAAAUCCAAUCAAAAGACUUUGAUAGUGUUUGUAAGUAUGUGCACCUUCUCCCACUCAUGCUGCAUCUAUGUCACAUGGGGGUAACAGCCAAAACAUGAUGAUAAAGAAGAAUGAGCUGGGGUCCACACAUUUACUUUGACUUUAACUUUAGAAGUUAAGUCAAGUUUUCUCUUGUCAGUUUUUUUCCCUCACUUUGUUUAUAUUUAUUUUGGGAUUUGUUUCAGUUGAUGGUUUUACAGAAAUCCUAACAUUGCCAGAUCAAUAUCCAUCUGUCCAGUGUAGAUUUUAGACGGCAUGCUGGCGUGAUGUUAUGUGACACAACAGCGUCUGCGUCUCGUGUGUAGACCUGUGAUGCUGGCUGUCCCUUUUACUCAGACGUCGAUUCGGUUCUGUGACUACCUCCGCUGCUGCCUCAGCAACAAUGCUCCCCACCACCACCAUUCUGUGUUGGUGCUUUCUAAAAGUACAGCUAGGUAGAAUAAUGACGCAACAGUCCCACUUUGAUCAGGCUGUGUGAAAGAGUCUUGAGACACAACUCUGGUGAAGUCAUUUUAACAUCUCAUGUCCUUUGCUUCUUCUGAUCAACCAGCAAUACAACUCUUUAGAACAAAUAUCGUCUGUUAACGAUCAGUGGUCGAUCGAUUGGGGCAACCCUCACAUUAAUGUCCAGCCAUUGCAUUUCAUAAUAACCUAGUAAAAGACUCACAAAAUGGAAUUGUUAAAUGUUUAUAUUACUGAUUACAUCAUUACCAGUAGAUGACUACAAGUAUUUCCUAGAUGACAAUGUCAGAAUGAGGAAAGUUUGGGGACACUUUGCCAUGUUACCUCUUCUGCAGUCUGUGUUUAUUGUAUUCCCUCUCCUUGAAGACAUGUCCAUCUUUGGCCUCUACCCCGGCCAUGAUGACUUCUACCUGGUGGUGUGCAGCCAUUGUGGCCAGGUAGUGAAGCCACAGGCAUUCGAAAAGCACUGCGAGCGACGGCACGGCCCUCUGGCCAAGCUGUACGCCCGACUGCGCUCUCCCACCCCUGCACCCCAGGCCCAGCCGAGGCCCCACCACGGACAUUCCCCUUCCCAUUGGACCAAUUCUGCUUCAUCCUGGGAGGGUCGCGGCCAGUCGGUCGGGCAGCCACGGGCGGCCCCACCUUCGCCUUCCACUCCACCCCAGCACAGACACUCCAAGAACUCCAAGGAUGGAGCACGGUUAAAGCCAAACAAUGACUCUAAACAGGGAGGGUUUUUUGCAGAUAAAACACAUUCCCCGCUGGAGAAGUCCUCCCACAGCGGCCACACAGAGUCCUCAGUAUUCAAGCAGCCGCCGUCUCUGGAGCCUCCAAUGAGCUCUCCACCGCAAUCACUCAGAGAUCCGCCCUGGCCGCACGGAGGCACCCCGCCUGGUAGGCCUUCACCCAGCGACCGGCCCCCAACCCAGAGCCAGAGGAAGGACUCCCCUCUGGGCUCUGCAGGGCUAGGCCACCGGAUCCCCAGACCCUACAACAAAGUGGCCUCCAAGAGGGAGUGUGACUUGGACAAACACUGCGGCGUUCUUGACCCUGACAGGAAGAAGGUCUGCACUCGACUCCUGACAUGCAAUAUCCACUCCAUCCACCAGCGAAGGAAAGUGAUGGGCCGCAGCAAGAACUUUGACCAUCUAGUGGCGGAACUGAAGACCAAGGUUCGUGAGAAAGGGGCCCAAUGCCUGGAGGGAGGCUCCUCCGCUGGAUCCCCCAGCCCAGAGGCCCCCAAGCAGCAGGCUGGAGCUCCACACUGCAGGAGACCUCUGGCCAGCCUCCCUGCUUUCAGUCUGCCUACUGCCGUGUCAGAGAGCAACCUAGAGGAGGAGAAGCAGCGUGAGGAGGAGGGAGCCCCCUCACCUCUCGUCCAUGGCCGGAUCUCCAGUGAUGAAAGUGAGGCAGAAGGACCCGAAGAGCCCGUCGAGUUCCCAUCUUCUGCUGCACAUCCCAGACCACUAGCAGUUUGUUCGUUUGGCAGCCACGCGCUGGGUCACGGCAUCUACACGUUUGACAGGAGACUUCAUCACCUGAGGUCGGCUCUCAGCAGCAUGCUGGAGCAGCACAUCAGCGCCCAUCUUUGGAAAAAAAUACCACAAGCCACAGACCUUCAAUCUCCACCUUCCUCAGCCAAGACCAUCACUUCCUCGUCUCCCUCCUCCACUUCCUCCUCGUCAUUACAUUCCAAGGUCCGCACAGGAAGUCACAUCACCUCCUCCCUCAAAACUGCAUCUUCUUGCUCCUCUUCCAGUCGUGGUCCAGGGAGAACUUCGGCAGCCAUACAGUCUGAGAACUCCGGGGACAGCGGGAGCAGCAUCGGUGGUGGCCACAUGGUGUCUCCGGGUAAACCUGUGACGGUGCGUCAGGGGGGUUCCGGGCGACCCAAGAACCCCGUGGGGCGUCCCAGCAAGCAGAUGCUGAAGCUGCGAGAGGAGGCUGCUGCCGCCGAUGCCCUCCGCAAGCGGAAGGCCCCGUCACAGGAAGGAGAGCACUCAGGCCCCGAAAGGAACUGCAUCCUCCUCCAUGACCGGGGCCGCCCACCUUCCGCUGCCUCUUUCUCCUCCUCCUCCUCCUCUUCCUCUUCCUCUUCCUCCUCUUCCUCUUCCUCCUCCUCCUCUUCAUCAUCUUCUUCUUCUUCUAAACCCCCCGUUUCCUCCCUUCUCCCCCACGGACAGACCAAUGGCACGCUUUCCCCCAGCAGCAAACCCCGCCCCCAGCCCUCCCCUUCAGAGUCCCAUUCACCAGCCGCCAAAACGGUCUGGACCUACAGACGAACACACACUCCUCUGGGCCAUUCAUCAUCCCCAGACCCCUCCUCCGCCGCUAACAACUCCCACAGCAGGGGCGGUGUGGGGGACUCAGGACUGCACGGGCCGGGCAGCGGGAGGGGCUUUGAGCACCAGGGGCUUGUGAAGAAACGCAAAGGGGGCGGCAUGGAGGAGCAUUCGCCGUCCUCAAAACCCUCAGCGCACCGCCUGCCCUUCUCGUCUUCCAGCUCUGCCACCUCCUCCUCUCCGCGCUCUAACUUUUACCCCUGGAAGGACAGCAAAAGUGGGGGGCUGGCUGGGGGCGUGGAGAAGAAACUGGGUACACAGAAGCCAAAACUGCACCAUUAAGUGUGCCUGCCUUACAAGCCACUAAGAGGGAGCCAGCUCCGCUCAGUCCAAGACUGAGCCAACUGUGUGUGUGUGUGUGUGUGUGUGUGUGUGUGUGUGUGUGUGUGUGUGAGGGAGGGAGGUGGGAUGAAAUUCAGAGUAUGGAUCUAAAAAUACCUCAAGACCGUCUGGUUAUGCUGCUAAAUUAAAUAUGUUGGUUUAUAAAAAUGGAUUAAAAUGUCCUUUACACUUGGUUUCUGUGACUUAUUUUUAAGGCUACAUGUGUUAAUUUAAAGCUCUCCAUACUUGUUUUUUUCUUAAAUGUCACAUUUUCUUCACAUUCACUAAACUCUAGUAUUGUUCUAAGUUGGGCAUCAGUGUGUGGAAUAAUGAGGCCACAGACUGCUUUAUGAUUAUCGUUACUGCUGUGGUGUUGCAGCCAAGUUUAGAUACUGUGAUUGUUAACUUGGUUCUGUUGAAGUUGUUUAAAAGUGAUUCCCACUUUGUUCAAUGUGAUGUUUGCAUUGUGCACUUGACACCAGCUGCAACACCAAAACAUUAUUUUAUAAAAAGGGUGGUGAGAAAAACAGUUGUGCAUUUCAAAAUAAAACCUUAAUCUAUGAAUAGGUUACAGCUGAUUAUUGCAGGGUUGACGAGGUUAAGAUAAAGAACAUUAAAAUAAAGGAACCACUAUAGGAAUAUGUUAAA